CACUCACUCACUCACUCACUCACUCACUCACUCAUUGACGUUAUUCACCAUUUCAGCCCUGCCCGUCAUUUUUUUGGUCCUGCUCGGCCACUCCAGCCUCAGCCUCUGACGCGGCGUGCUGUCGGACGGUCGUAUAUACUGCUCGUUUUCUUGGGCCGGGACCGAUCGAUCAUCAUUCAGAUGCUCGCACGCUGACAGCCGCUCGUCACGCACCUUAGAGAGAAACGAGAGUAAUGGAACCGCAACGCACCGCAUUACAGCACACAUCCAUCAUGGAGCCCUCACCACCCACAUCAAGCAAUGCUGCUGCGCUGAAAAUGUCGGCUCGGAAAACUCAUCGCAAAACGAGGACUGGAUGCAGGACAUGCAAACAGAGGAAAAUAAAGGUGUGUUCCACCCGCGCCUAUCCCGCAUUUUUAUUUGUUUGUUGCUGCUUCCCUGGGGUCGAUGGAUCUGCCGGAUAUCUUCGGCAAGGACCAGAUCAUGACCAUAAUUACACGUGAUCAUCAUAUGCCAGCACGUUGCACACAAAUGCAGUUGCAUGUUUACAUUCUCGCCUCCUGGUUGUAGCUGGGUAAUGAGGUUGGACAUGGCGGUUGCUCGUUCUACGGCUGAAUAGUAUGAGCUGAGCUCGGGAUUCGGACUCGAGAAAUGCGGACCUUGUCAUACUCUGGCAAGCUUUUGGAAGAUGGGAGUUCUCAUUUGACCAAGGUGUUGUGCCUGCGUCAGAAGGAGACUUUGUCAAGGAUGCCAGACGCAGACUGGGUUGUGCAUCCACAUCUCGCUAUUAUCCGAACUCAAUCCCCGCAUUACGAGAGCCUAGAUAAGAUUUAAUCUCUUGUCUGCUUCCGGGUAUUAGCUUGGAGUCCAAUCAUCUUACACUCUUUUACUUUACCACGUCUACACGAAUUUUGGCUACAGCCUCAAGUCUUCAAAGCCGCUGCCAUCAGAAUUUGUCUUUUUUGUCUUGUCAACUUCUUCAUUUCUCCAAAAUGCUUAUUGGGUGUGACGAACAAAAGCCGUCAUGUAAUAAUUGCAUCAAACACUCGGUCCAAUGCGACUUUUUGGCGUCCCAGAAUUUUGGCGGAGGAAAUGGACUUCCUCAUAACGGUGCACAAUCUUCCCAUACGAGUCCUCACGGCGGCAGCCUCACGCAUUACGAUGCCCUCGGCGGAAGUCCAGGGAGAGGACCAUCCAGUGGUCUAAAUCUUUUGGACUUGGAACUACUUCACAACUAUGUCACUUCAACUGCUUUCACCAUACACACCGAUCCCGCAAUGAAAAUUGCGUGGAGGAUUAACGUCCCUCAAGUAGGAUUCGCGUAUGAUUAUGCCAUGCGUGGGAUUUUGGCUCUGUCGGCUUUACAUAUGGCUCAUUAUAAACCUGAUAAGAGAGAAUUCUACAUCGCGCAAGCUAUGAUUCAGCAUCAGACAGGUCUACGUGUAGCGACCGAAGUUUUAGCGAGUGUUACAGAAGAGAAUUGCACUGGUGUCUACACCUUCUCCGCCCUCACCAUCUUCUUCACCCUAGCCAGUCCCCGCAAACCAGGCGAUCUCCUCCUAGUAGGAGACAACGGAAUGGCAGACUGGCUAUUCCUCGUCAAAGGCACCAGUUUCAUAGUCAACAGCUACGAGGAAUCCCUCCGACAAGGCCUACUCGGCCCCAUGUUCAUCUCAGGCACUCGCCAGUCCGCCCUCCGCACGCAAUAUCUCGCCGAGAAAUCACAACAAGACGACCCCCUCGUCGAGCUCAGCGGUCUCAUAGCGCAGAACAGUACCGACGAGCGUAACAAGCACAUCUAUCUCGCAGCCAUUGAGACCCUGCGGAAAUCGUUCGCGUUCUAUGAUAGGCCUGGACCGCCGGGGUAUGAGACGGGUGAUGUGUUUAUUUGGAUCUUUGAAGUGACGGAGGAGUUUCUACAGUUGUUGAGGGAGCAUACGCAGGAGAGUUUGACGAUUUUCUCGUACUUUUGUGUGGUGCUAAAGAGGCUGGAUUCACAUUGGUGGAUGCAGGGGUGGAGUACGCAUAUUAUUUCGAAGAUUUGGAAUUUGUUGGAUGAAGAGCAUCGACUUUGGAUACGAUGGCCGCUGGAAGAAAUAGGCUGGCUUCCCAUGUAAUACCACAACACUUUUACGAUGUUUCAACCAUCGACCUUCCCAAUCACCAACUCUGCACCAACCUAUUACGCCAAUUCUUCUACAACAAACAUGUUGUUCAUCAGCUGGAUCAAUCAUACUUGAAAAUUAGACAAAUUCAGCACAAUUUUUCCUAUUUGCUACUUAGCAUCGUUCUGUCCCGAUUACUGUACGGUCAGGCUCAUGUAAGUAGUGUUUGUUCCGGAGAGAGGGAGAACGGGUACCAGGGUUAGCGAUGGGGGCAUGGUUGAGGCAAAGGCGUUGGCUGCUGUUUACACUUCACCUGUAUAAAAUUAUUUUGGUUGAGAAGAUGAGGCGGGCAAGUAAUUUGUGUUAUCAGGCCACCGCAGAAGUUAGUUGUAUGAGUAUGUACUUUGUCUAAUGUCUUUGAAGAUAUACAGGGCGAUUUGCAGCAUGUUUUGAGCAUUGUACUAAGAGCAAGCCAUGGAAUGCAAAUUCUGUACAUUAAGAGAGAGCAUAAUUGUCCUGAUCCGUCGACUUCAAGCAUCAUCCUCGAUAUCAAAAUCAAGAUAGCCUCAGAGUCUUAACGAGAAUGGAAGCCAAGCAUCAGACAGACAAUAUCAACAUCCAGAUGAAAUCUCAAAUCUGGGGAACGCCACGCCCAAUCAACAACACCCGAAAGACACAAAUUCAAACCGAGGCUACCAAUCAACCCCUUAUCCUCCCCCAUCCAGUCCUUCCCCGCGUUAUUCCAUCGUCGCCAACCCAACCCACAUGUGUUCUCCAUUUAGAAGUCAAGACCGACGACGAUGCUUGGAAAAGCGGACAUGUGACGCGCUUGGCACCAAUUGCUGUUUGGAGUGAGUAGUCGCCGGUGCAUGAUGAAGGCUCUAGCGAGUCGAGUCGAGCGAGUCGAGCGUCCCUCCCUCCCGGCGAAAGACUCGAGGCGAAGGGCAGGGCAAAUCAAAUCAAAUCAGGGGACGUCAGGAUGGGAAUGUUCCGUUAUUAUUGACAUGUGAAGGCGGGAGGACGAGACUGCGUGCGGGACAAUCUUUUUAUUUUUAUUUUACCUAGGUUCAAUGGUAGGUAGAGGAUGAUGAUACAUACUGUAGUAAUACUUAUGAUCUCAAAACUCAAGAUGAACAUUAUUUUGUAUUCUGUGAAGUUAGAAACGCGGACUUGAGAUACUGCAAAGAGUAAGUGUUGCGUCUUAGACCCGGAGCAGCUUUCCCAUCCCUCUCGGCAGCUC